CAGGGCCAGGGACGCUGCGGUUGCUUAAUACGCGCAGCAGACCUCAAGUAGCAAGUGUUCGCGCGUAGUGGCAGGUGAUCGGUGCAGCUGGUAGCUCGCUAUGGAGGCCGAAGCGUCGCAGACCAGUGUGAGGGAAGUGGCGGGCGAUCGCGUGUCCACACUUCCAGAAGAUAAAAAGAAGCCGACGCCUGAUGUACUCGAACUGAAGGAGCGAAUACAGCAGCUGCAGACGGAGGCGGUGGAGCAGCUGGAGCAGAAGCUGCAGCAGCUGGUGGAGGAGGCGCUGCGAGUGGCAGAGGUGGCCGCCACGCCGCCAUCGCCGUCGCACCACCUGCUCUACGACGACGCAAAGUACCGCAACAGGACACACCAGCCCAGUUCGGGAGCGCUGCCGGAGAAACAGUUCCUGCCCAGAGAGUCGCUGCUGACGAACCUGAUGAGAGUGAAACACCUCCACACCGUCUAUAACAUGUUCGUGGCCGUGCUGCUCAUGCUCUUCCUGCACACUGCCGUCUACGACCUCGUCGCUGACGGGCAGUUGAAGCUGGGCUUCUCAACUAUAUUUUGGAAUUUUGGUGGACUGCACAUUGUAAUGGCAACCUGGGCCUCCAUGCAACUUGCAGUAUUUGCACUGUUCAUUGCAUUCUGUCACUGGGCAUCAUUUCGCGUUUCAUUGCCUAUUUCUGGAUUUCAGAGACAACUUCUAGACAAUAGUGCUCUGAUUGUCCUAAUUGCCUGCAAAGUUGGUUUCCUGGUGCUCCCAGUACAUGUUAUACAAUAUAAUCAGUUACCUCCUAUCUCAGUUAUGAUCCUCCUUUGUGAGCAGAUGCGAAUGAUAAUGAAGAGCUAUGCAUUUUUACGAAGUCAAGUGCCAAAAGUUAAAAUGUUCAAGCCUCAUACUGAUGCAACAGAUGUCCUACUACCAGACUUCAACCACUUUGUGUAUUUCAUGUUUGCUCCAGCCCUUGUUUAUAGAGACUCAUAUCCAAGAACUAAGGAGAUCCGCUGGAAGGUGGCAUUAUGGCAUCUGACAGAGGUUUUUGGAGUAAUCUUCUUCAUUAGCUUUUUGUUUGAACGCAGCUUGGUACCCAUGUUCAGAAAUUUUGGAAAGCAACAGCUGUCUCCUAAGGAAAUGGUUGUAGCCAUUUUUGGUAGCAUGGUUCCUUCACUUACUGUAAUGCUUUGUGUAUUCUAUUGCAUUCUUCAUGCCUGGAUGAAUGCAUUUGCUGAAAUAACAAGGUUUGCAGACCGCAUGUUCUACAAGGACUGGUGGAAUGUUAAUUCCUAUGGAGCCUACUAUCGGAACUGGAAUGUUGUUGUCCAUGAUUGGCUGUACACAUAUGUGUACAAAGACCUGAGUGAGCUGCUAGGUGGCAAAAGACGAACUAUACUUGCUGUUUUCUCCCUGUCUGCAAUUGUCCACGAGUACAUUCUCACAUUCAUGUUUGGUUUCUGUUAUCCAAUGCUCUUCAUGGCCUUUGAAGUAUUUUCAGUGGGUCUGAUGUUUGUAUCACGUGAUCGGCUGCCAGGUAGCAAUCUUUUGAUGUGGUUGCUCUUCACAAUAGGAACAGGGCUUCUUAUCAGCCUCUACAUGAUGGAGUGGUUCGCUAGACGCCACUGCCCUCGAUUUAUUGAUUCUACAUGGGACUUCUUUGUGCCAAGGUCAUGGUUCUGCUCUCCACUCACGUCUGAAUAACAAUAACUUGUGUACCAUAAGUUAAGCAGGACUUCACUUUGAAAAUUGCUCUCAAAAGUUGUGGAUACUCAAGAGAACUAACUUUUAAGAAUAGAACUAACUUUUAAAACGAGAUUAUGUCAGUGCACCAGAAUAAAUUAUUUUUAUAGUGUAUAUAUACAGACAUUUUAAUUGUAUUCUAGUAAGUCCAUUUUGUUACAAUAUUCAUAGUUUGUUGCAAUGUUAACUCUGUGAAGAAUGUGACUGUGAAAGUUGUACUUCUGUAUGUGAUGUACUUUUGCGCUUCUGUGGUGUGAAAUGUUUCUAUGUAUAUGGCAUUUGUAACGUUCUUAUUGUGGUUUUUUUACUUAUCAAUCAGCAUCCUUGUGCUACAUUUUAGCAUCCCCUCCCCCAAGCCCCUUACGUUGCUUUUAAUGUACAAACACUGAAGGUACUGUGUAAUAAUAC